GGAGGCCCAACCCGUGCCGUCGUUCGGCUUGCGUUGAUUCGGUAAAAGUCGGGUGGCGCUCCCCCGGCCUCUCGCUCGGAAAUACUUGAGGCCCCAUCUCUCUCUCGGGCCAUAAAAGCUUGGGGUUCUCCACCGGAAUCUCAUCUUCCGAAAGCAGCGAAGGCCACCCUCCUCCACCGACCCGCACCCCCCCUCUCUCUCUAGGGUUUCUGUUUCCAAAUUGCAAUCGAUCGAUCUAGCGCGCUGAUUUCCGGGAGACAGAAGAAAAGAUCUCCGAGUGGAUGGCCGCGUCGGGAUCGGCUUUAUCGAGUGGGCCAAGGUACGCCCCGGAGGACCCGACGCUCCCCAAGCCCUGGAAGGGCCUGGUGGACGGGAGUACGGGCUAUCUCUAUUACUGGAACCUGGAGACCAACGUCACCCAGUACGAGCGGCCCGUCGCCGACCUUCUGCCUCCCCCUACCCUGCUGCCGUCUCCCCAUCCUCAUCGUCAUCCGAAAUCUGCUUCCGUCGCCGUCAGCUCAACCGUCCUUCAAUCCCACGAUCAGAAGCUGCGGGACUCUCAUGAUGAUGAUGGCCGCCACGGUCGCUUUCGCAGCAGCCAUGAGCAUGGAGGUGGCAGAGGUAGCGGCAGUCAUAAUCAUGGGUAUGGUGCAAGGGAUUCACGGGAUUCGAGGAUGGCAUUUGCCAGAGGUCAUGAAUCAUCGUCAGAUGGGGGAGGUUCUUUGUCUGUGGAAGCAUAUCGCCGUCAGCAUGAAAUAGUCGUCACUGGAGAUGAUGUACCAGCACCAUACACGACAUUUGAGUCUGCAGGCUUUCCCUCAGAAAUUCUAAGAGCGAUACACCAUGUGGGUUUCUCUGUUCCCACUCCUAUUCAGGCUCAGUCUUGGCCAAUUGCAUUACAAAGUCGUGAUAUUGUAGCCAUUGCAAAGACAGGAUCAGGCAAAACACUUGGUUAUCUUAUUCCAGGGUUCAUGCAUGUUAAGCGCCUCCAUAACAACUCCAAAAUGGGUCCAACAGUAUUAGUCCUAGCACCAACUAGGGAGCUGGCAACGCAGAUACAAGAUGAAGCUGUGAAGUUUGGGAGAUCAUCAAGAAUUUCAUGCAUGUGUUUAUAUGGAGGUGCCCCAAAAGGUCCCCAGUUGAGGGAUUUAGACCGAGGUGUAGAUGUUGUGAUUGCAACUCCAGGAAGACUAAAUGACAUUUUAGAGAUGAGAAGAGUAAGCCUCCAUCAGGUGUCAUAUCUGGUUCUUGAUGAGGCUGACCGAAUGCUGGACAUGGGUUUUGAGCCACAGAUUAGGAAAAUUGUAAAAGAGAUACCACAUUGCCGGCAGACUCUUAUGUUCACUGCUACAUGGCCAAAGGAAGUUCGGAAAAUAGCUGCAGAUUUACUUGUUCAUCCUGUUCAAGUUAACAUUGGGAGCAUAGAUGAUCUUGUUGCAAACAAUGCGAUCACUCAGUAUGUGGAAGUAAUGACACCUAUGGAAAAACUCAGACGGUUGGAACAGAUAUUGCGAUCCCAAGAUCCAGGGUCUAAGAUCAUAAUAUUUUGCUCAACAAAGAGGAUGUGUGACCAGCUUGCUGGGACCCUUACUCAUCAGUUUGGUGCUGCUGCUAUCCAUGGUGACAAGUCUCAAGGUGAGAGGGACAGGGUUUUAAACCAAUUUCGAACUGGAAGGUCCCCCAUACUGGUAGCUACUGAUGUUGCUGCUCGAGGCCUGGACAUCAAAGAUAUCAGGGUUGUGAUCAACUACGACUUCCCCACUGGUGUUGAAGACUAUGUUCACAGGAUUGGCAGAACUGGUAGGGCAGGUGCCACUGGUGUGUCUUACACGUUCUUCUGUGAUCAGAACUCAAAGUAUGCAGCAGAUCUUGUCAAAGUUCUGGAAGGGGCAGACCAGCAUGUUCCCAAGGAGCUAUGGGACAUGGUUUCACGUGGUGGGUAUGGUGGGAAGUCCCGCCGUUGGGGUUCUCGCUCUGGUGCUCAUGAUGGUGGCCGCUUGCAUGGACGUAGUGAUACCAGUUAUAGCGGAAGGGGUGGGCAUGGCCUGCUACCAUCUGGUAGAGCAGAUAGUGACCAUGGUGGUCGUGGACAUGAUGAUCUCGAGCCUCAUCAUGAUAGAUAUGGUCGUGGAUAUCAAGAUGGUCAUGAGGUAGAGGUUCGUGGCCGCAAAUCCAGAGGUAAACGCCGUAGCCGCAGUCGCAGCCGGAGCUGGAGCAACAGCCGGGGGUACAGCCCGAACAGUGUGAGGAGACAUGUUGGGUGGGGCAAUAGCCACAGCAGGAGCUGGAACCAUGGCCACAGUCAAAGCAGGAGCCGUAGUCGCAGUACUAGCCGUGGCAUCGACCACUGUGGUGAACAGCAUGGCGAGGGGGCUGGGCAAAGACGUCAGGAAUCACCACUAUCAAGGAGAAGAGUGCCUUCACCAACCAAUCAUCAGCUUGGUAAUCCUGUCCAUUCAUCAAAAAUGCCAUCUCAUGCAGAUCAGGGGGGAUCACCACCAUAUAAUGGUGAGGAUAUGGAAAGGGUUCAACCAGAUCGCUCAGCUAGUAUACGGAAGGAAAGAUCUGAAUGCCUGUAUAGUAAUAUGGACAAUGGAAAGCAAGGAAUAUCAGCUAGCCCAGUACAGUGGCGUCGAGGAUCUCCACGGGACCAUGCUGAUGCUGAGGGGCCAAACGAGGGGCCUGUUCAAUCACCAUCAGUGCCAUAUGAUAGGAGUGCGGAAGAAGAAGAGGAAGGAAUGAUUCCUGCUGCUGGAGAGGAUGGUGUAAUACCCUCUGAAGAGGGUACAACAUCGCCUGGAAUGGUGACAGCAGAGCAACCCGGUUCACUCGAUAAUGUCGAAAAUUAGCAUGGUCCCCAUGCUCAAGGGUCUUUCUGGGUUGGCAUGUUGGGGAGCCUCUUCUGCUUUGAUUUCCAGUGGCUGAUGUGUUGUAACUUGUUUGUAACAUUAUGACUAGAGUGAUAUGGAUUGAUAAUCUCAGGUACCUAAGUUUGUUUCUGUCAGAUACUGAAACAUUUGGUUGCUUGCAAUCUCCAGAUAGACUAUCACUAAUGGGGUUUUCGUUUGUCA